AUGUCUAGUUCAGUAUUUAUUGAAAGUUGUACCAAAGCCUUCAAGGGCGGUAUAGAAUCAGAAAAUGAAGUUGAGAUAUCAGGUUCUCCUGAUUCGAAUUUGGUAGUGGUAUAUGGAAAAAAUGGAGUCAACUUUGACAAACGUGGCAUAGAAAAUCUAAUUGAGGAGAAAACUUUAUCAUCAAUAAGUGUUAUCAGAUUAAGUUCUCCCACACCUAGUAUGUUGGAUGAAGAAGAAGAGGCCGAGAAAGCAGAUGAACUUUUACGUAGACAUGCUGAAAGAUUAUCCGACGAUGAAUCAAGUAGAAGUAGCAAUAAUGGCUCAUGUGUUGAGGGUGCAGAAUAUUCUGAAAGUGAUGAAGUUCCUACGUCCGAAGAUGAAAAAAGUGAUGCUGAUUCUGACAAUUCUGCAGAUAAUGUUAAAUUGGAAAAUCGCAAAAAGAAACAGAAAAUGAGGAGAAAAAAUCGCAACACUACAAAAAUACAAAAUAUGAAAAACAAAAAACAUAAGGAACGUCCUGAUAUUAUUGGUCUGACAGUGGAAGAGUUUUAUCCGGCAGUAUCUGCAAAAGAAGUAGUGAAAGAAGCUUUAAAACUAGCAGGGGUGUCAACAUUUAAGAAAACGGCUGAUUAUGAAUUCCAAAUGUUUGUCAUUAAGAACGAUCACUGUUACACUCCAUUUACUUCGCCUGCACAAAUGAAAGCCAAACUUGCUGAAAAAUACAAAGCAGAAAAGCUUGCAGGACGUAGAAUCAUUCCACACACCGCUGUGACUAUGAAGCAAAUACAAUUGAAAAAGAAAGUCAUCGAAGGGUUUCACGAUCAUUUGGAUCAAUCCACACACACCAAUAAAGAUCAACAACUGAAAAUAUUUACUAAGCCUGCGAAGUUAAAUAAACAAACCGAAAGAGAUGAAUUUGUAGAGGGCGAAGUCGACAUGCAUAGUUCCACAGCGGAAUCUGACUUUGAUGUACUUAGUGAUGAAUCUGGAGAUACCGAUAAUGAUCGUGAUAGUGAUUUGGACUUUAACGUUAACAACAGAAAAGGCCGAAAGAAGAAAGAUCUUGUUACGAAAGCAAAAAGACUGUCUGCUGGAAAAGUAUGUGUUAAGCGUAUUAUAGCACAGCAAGACGAUGAAGAUGAUCAACGUAAUAAAAAUCCACGACCGAUUACAAAUAAUGUUUUUAACCGCCCAAAUAAAACUGGAUUAAUUACCAAACCAGGAGGUUGUGCUCCAAUAGCAGUGCAGAAACUUCUUUCAGAUGCUGUUGCUGCUUUAGCACCUAUUCCAAAGAGAUCUGCUGCAGUACAAAUAGAUGAAAGGGAAAAAGUCGUAAAUGUGUCGAGUCGGCCGCAAACCAUACAAAGUACUAUACACAGAGGCCCUACAAUAGAGAUACAACAUGGUAUACAAAAAACUCCAAUGGCUCGUACACAUUUGCAAGGAUCUCCACAGUCUGUAAAAGAAAUCGUCAUCAAUAAGGUUAUGGCUAGUCCAAAAGGUGGAUUUACCGAAUUAGGUGAAUUGUUAUCUCAAACAGAGACCAAAUCUUCUAGAACGACACCUCUUACUCCAACUAAUAGCAAUAAGAGUCCUGGAUUAAGGCAAAAGAAUAUACCAUCACCUUCAAAAGGUUUUAUGCCGUUGGGAAUUGAAACUGCUGCCAAGAAUAAACUGCCCAUACAAAUUUCAAUUCAAACUCAUCAAAGCUCUUCUGAACUGGCAAAAAGUAGAAUUAUUAUGGAAUCACUGCCACUUGUUCAACAGAAUCAUACGCCAAGCAAUGAAUCUUCAACGCAAUGUACCGGAAAUGAACCAAGUUCUUCUGAAUUAGCGUCUGAGCAUUUUGAUCUCAUCGAUUCGAUUGUAAAGGACGAAAUGCAAAAGGAUUCCUUGAUGGAAGUGACCUCGAAAUCAAAUGAAAAUAUACCAAAACUUGUAAAAAUGUUAGAGAAUGCCGAACAAUCAUUGGAAUCAACUGCCACAAACCUCCAAAUUGACAACAAUCUACGUAAUUUCGGUACAACCUCAGAGGGGAAUGUAGACGAUAUUGACAUAUCUAACGCGCCACUUUUAGAAUCGUCUGAUGGCGUUGAAAUACCGGACGAUUUACUUCAGCAAGUUGUAGAUCUCAUUGAAGAUGAUGAAACUCUGCAAGAAGCAGUUGAAAAGCAAGUAUUUAGCGAAGAACAUAACGAUGAAUUUGCAUGUGCUGACUCUGCUGAAACAGUUAAUAUCGUGCCCACGACGACUGGACCACACCAGCUAACGACUACACAAGUAUCAGCAAGUUUGCAGGAACCGAAUCAAGCGAAAAGCAUUAUUGAAAUGGCCAUAUCAAACGUACCAUCAUCUUCGAUUGGAACAAGUAGUACUGGCGCUGACAUGCCUGUUUUCGUAACCAAAGUUGCAACCGCGAAGCCAAUGCCGUCACCAACGAUUCGUAAGGAACCAAUUAAAAUUGUACGUGGAAAUGGGCGUGUUAUCACGUUACCUCCAAUUGAAGCACCGACAACCCGUGCUAAGCGAAGAGCCCAAAACCAACCAGCAAAUUCAAGUACAAUAUUUAAUGAAUCUUCGCUGGAUAGUUCAUUGCAAUCGAAUUCGUCGUUUACUACAGUUGAACAGAUACCUUCGGGUACAGUUGAAAAGAAAACCGAGGCUGCAAGCAAAAGACGAGUUUCCAAAGAGUCGGCAACUGGCGGAACAAAUGCGAGCAAAGCCAAAAAAACUGUAGUUGCAACGAAGAAAAGUACUACGGCUAAAAAUGUUGCCAGUAAAUCUGGAGCAGAGGAAGAUGCAUCGGCUUCUCAAGAGGAUGAUGACGAUCCCAAUAGGCUUUGGUGUAUAUGUCGACAACCACAUAAUAACAGGUUUAUGAUUUGCUGUGAUGUCUGUGAAGACUGGUUUCAUGGUACGUGUGUCAGUAUCACAAAAGCGAUGGGAAUAGAAAUGGAACAGAAAGGCAUUGAUUGGACUUGUCCGAAAUGUGUGAAGCUUCAAGAGGAAAAGAAACAAAGAAAAAUUACUGACAUGCUUAUUCCAAGAAAGAUUAUUUCGGAGGCCACAAUUCAAAAACCCGAACAUGAGCAAAUCGGAACCAAAGCAGCAUCUGCCAAUAAUUUAGAUUCGACCGUUACAAAUUCAUCUUUUGAAAGCUUUUUGGACACAACACAAACGACUUAUAUCAGCACGAAAUUGCAGGUUGGAGAUGUAACACCAACAAAAACAACAUCAAAAAAGGUAACAAAACCAAAUGUAAGCGCGAUGAAAAAAAAGCCAACGACUUUGAACGUAAAACCAAAGGAGGUCAAUACCCCUGCUUCACAAACAAAACGCCGACUUCCAGUUUCACAGCAGGCGAUGAAACAUCAAGCGGAAUCCACAAAAUCUUCCUCAGUAGCACAGUCUUCAACUAGCGCCCAACAAGCAUUCAAAGAUCUUCAAAAGCCUAUACAAGCAGAAGCAAUUUCAACUGAGCCACAAACUUUUUGCAUUGUCUGCAAGAAAGUUGCACGAUCGAAUUCCAUAUACUGCAGUGAUGAUUGCAUCCGAAAACAUGCCCAGAAUGCCCUUAAUAUGUUUGCAGCCGUUUCAUCAGCCAAAUCCCCCGAGCCGACUGUAUCUUCCAACAUAAAUGAAGAUGCUGCCCUGAAAAAGAAGAAGGCGAAAGGUCUCUUUGAGGAUAUCCUCUCCAUGGCAGACAGGAAGCCGAAAAUCGAAAGGGUGCAUGUGAUUGAACGAAAAAGUGGUCGUAUCCUAACUGGAAGCAAUGCGCCUACAACGCAUAAUCUGAAGAAAUGGCUUCAAGACAACCAAACAUUUGAGGUGGUGCAACCGGGAAGCAUUCAAGCACAAGAAAUUGAAAAAAAACAGAGGCACCGUCAAACGCAAUCACUAUCCCCAAUAGUUAUUACCAACGUAGGCAAACAUAUCACAUAUCAACCUGCAAGUACACAUACACAUAAUAUUCAAAUAAGUCAGUCCCCGCAUGGUAGCAAUACAGUCGUGGUUAAAUCAUCCACGCCGCAAAGAGACGCAGAGUUAAAUGUACAUGUGCUAAAGCCCGUAAAGCAAUUGAUUGAGCAAGUCGUAAAAGCCGCACCAAAUAGUCCCAGACCUGGUACGCCCAAACAAUUACAAAAGUAUCCUCAACAGGUUUCUCUUAAACCCGAUAAAGCGACACGUGGCGAUGCAAAAGAGGAAGCAAAAGAUCGAAAGGAAAAACCAAAACAGCGGUCGUUAGCUGAAACCGUCACCAAGAGGCAGUCCGACAAUGCUCCAUCUGGGAGCACUAAUUCUGAGCCUAUCCGUUUAAAUGUGCGUCGUACUCUAAAGGAACAGUUGCUGCUGCGAAUGAAUGAAACGGGAUCCGAAAAUGAGAAUUGUAACGGCACGUUGCCAAAAUUAAGUAUAGAGCAGAUAGAGAAAUUUGUCCAUGAAACUGAAGCUGAAAUGUACGAUUACUUUAGUCGAGACACCGGCGCACGUUACAGAGCAAAAUAUCGAUCACUGAUGUUCAACAUUAAGGAUAGAAAGAAUCGAACACUUUUCGCUAAGAUUUGUGCCAAUAAAAUUCAGCCCAAGCAAUUAGUCCGAAUGUCACCUGAAGAAUUAGCUAGCCAGGAAUUGGCGCAAUGGCGCGAGAAUGAAGCAAAGCAUCAGUUAGAAAUGAUAAAGAAAUCAGAACUUGACUUGCUUUCUUGUGCUAAAAAUUACGUUUUGAAAACCCAUAAGGGGGAGGAAGUAAUUGAGGGAAAACUGGAGGAUUGUGUUAAUUUAGACGCUAGCAUACCUGUUGAAGAUGUAGUGUCUGUAUUAAACAGCUCAAUUGUGAGCAGUAGCAGUGCAUCAGAUCUUGUUAAGGCAGAUCUGGACCCGAACUCGUUUAUUGAGCAUCAACAGAGCAAUGAGACCCAAGCAACAAAAAUUGGUAGCCACUUUGAUGAAGAAAAGCAAAAAAGUCACUCCAAAGAAAAGGAUAGAGAGCGCGAAGGCGAAAGGGAUCGAAAUCGAGAUCAUGGUCGUGAUCGUGAGCACACUCACGCUCGUGCGCGGUCACAUGAUAGUGACCAUAGUCGCGAAAGGAUACGAAAGAAUAAAGAUCGUCACAGGGAUAAGUCCAGAUCGCGGAAACGCAGUAGAAGUCAUUCUCGCAGUCGCAGCCACAGCAGAGAGAAGCGACACAAAAGUUAUCACAAAGAUGAAAAACGAGAGAGAGAAGAUCGUGAACGAGAAAAAGACAAAAACAAAGAAAAAGAGCGGGAACGAGAUCGUGAUGUUCGCCAACAAAGAGAUGAGUGCGAUAAUAAUUCACCUGUAACGGUGAACUCGAAUAAAAGCAAUACUAUAAGUAGCAGUAAAGACAAGAGUAGCUCCAAGAAGCCAAACACUCCGAAGUCGGUAGAAGUCUAUAGCUUAAUUGAUCAAAUACUAGAAUCAACAAAAACUGUGGAAGAGGCUGCAAACCUUAUAAGCGAUAAAGAAAAAUUUAAGGAGAAAGAAAGAGAGAAGGAGAAUCCCAAAAGAGAGGCAAUCAGACAAACCGCCACUCCUCCCUUGCCUACGUCAUCGGCAAUUAAGUUUGCAGCUGAACACAAACCAUCAACGUCAAACGCCCAUACAAACGAUGAUCAAGAACCAAGUAGCACCGUGACUAUAGCAACACCACCACAAGAUCCCUACACUCGUUAUACUGAUGCCGAUUCUCCAACAUUAAGUGGAAAUGUAUCCUCCACCGCACUUUGGAGCGGCAUCAUUAAUAUGGUCGACGUCGCCUCUUUCCAGAUUGUGCUGCAGUCAGUUAUAGGAAACUCUCUAAAUUUGGGCACUUUGCUACCCGAUGAAUUAGAUGUCGUUGGUCGUAUAGGACCUGAGACUGUAUGGGAAUAUAUUUCAAAAAUUAAAAGAAGUCCCAACAAGGAAAUCGUCAUUAUUCGUUUAAUUCCGGGUUCUGAGAUGGAAACUGCAGCUUAUAUUGUGCUAUUUCAAUAUCUUGAAAAUAGAAAUCGUUUAGGCGUGAUAAAUAGCGUGUCGCCGCAAAUAAAAGAUUUUUAUAUAUAUCCAUUAGGAGCAGGAAAGCCAAUGCCUCCAGUAUUAUUGCCAGCAGAAAAAGUGGAUUUUUAUGAAGAUCCUCACAGACCCGAUAUCCUAGUGGGUGUAGUAGUGAGAAUUAUUGGAAAACGGCACUCGGCACUACCAAACAUCGCUGCUUCGACAUCAACAUCAAAAUCACAUCGCCGUGGAGUCGACCCGGACACGUUUACCCCACCUGGCAGUCCAAAGAGAAAACGUCGCAUGCAUGCGUCAACGCCGAAAGUUGAUGAAAUCGACGUGGAUGCUAUAAUAAAAGCACCAAUCAUUACCAAAUCACAUAAAACUUCUCUACCGCCAUCCAAUAUCACAGAUGAUGAUGAUGAGCCGUACUCACCUGGUGGAAGUUCUGAUGAUGAUGCUCUCAUAGCAUCUAAAAUGCCUCGAAGAUCUGAUGAAGACGACUUGAAACGUAAAAUGGACGAACUGAAUCGACAAAUCGCAGCACAAGAAAAGGAAAUUGCGGGUUUACUCAAUGUGGAUUCAUCGUGUUUUGCUUCUACCUCGGCUACUAAGACUUCGGCAGUUUUAGCAAAUAUAUCGAUACCAUCAAAUCUUUCUCAAAUACUUGCCAGCAUAAAGAGCAAACCAGAUAACAAUCAAACACAUUUCGCAUUAACGUCGCAUUCAACGUUAAUUCAAAGUGCAAGAAAGAGCCAUAGUAGUAUGCUUGAUGAGGACGAAUACAAUCCUGAGUUAGUUACAUUUGACACAAACGCCAAGCUAACUGAAAAACCUUCAAGUCGUUUAGCUCAGUUAAGCGAAGCGGAACUUUUGAGUAUGGUUCCUGAUGGCAUGAUUGAUACUCCACCGACAAAAAAAUCUCAUUCAUCUGGCGCCGACACAAAAUCAUCGCAUUAUGAGGAGCCUCCGCCACCAGGUGUAUAAAUUUACGCCGCAUAAAAAUAUACAUUUUCUGUCGUGAUUAAUGCGAAUUUGCCUGUAAUUGUUUAUUAUAAAUUCUUAAACUAUUUGCACUAGUUUAUACAACAAUUUUACCGGACUGGUGAGUUUUGUGAAUUUAAGAAAUUUGUACUAUUCAAAAUUUCUCAUUAUUAAGCACACAAAAAUCGGAAACAACUAUUUGCUAGGCAAAAGUAAUACAAAUUCGAUGCGAAGAAAGUAGGAGAAAUAGGACCUUAGGUCUUUAGUUUUCCAUACAGGGUUAUAGUAUAUUUACUUUCUCAGAUUGUAGUUCGCGUGAGGGUCAUAUUUAAUGGAAUAGGUUACUAGCUAUUUAGUAACACAAAGUCAAAAUUUAGGCAUUUCACAGGUCGGUGUACAGUGGGGAACAUAUAUUUUUUAUAUAAUAUGUUCUUACAUUUGCUCUAAUUCUAAUAUUCACUUAUAUUGUAUUAUAGAAAAGCCUGCUUGUAAAAUAAAAGUAAAUGCAGAAGCUAAAAAUA